GUGGUUGCCAUGACACUGAUGGCCAUGGAUGCGUACAUGUCAACCAAUUUCUGCUGUUCAGACCAUAGACUGUAAAAAAGACCCGUGUCUAGAGAAAACUUCGAGUGGAAACAGAUUGACAACAAUCAUGGAAAAUGAAAGAUCUGGAGAAAACACUGAUGAGCUGCUCUCUGCGGAUGUGGACGAGGGGGUUGAUGUUUAUGGGCUUAUACCUCUGGCAUUGUCCCAUGAUCACUGUGAUGUACUGCUGGAUGCCAUAGACACACAACUGAGUCAUCUACAGAUCCACAGCCAAAGCCGAAUGCAUGGAGGAAACUCCAAGAGAUAUGAAUUUCCUUUCUUGGGCUAUCUUGAUCGGAGUCAGUCUCUAAGUAAAGACACAGGCUUGGGAAGCACUGUUCCAACCAAUGAUAAAACACCAUCCAACCUUGACGGGACUCAGUCAGGCAAAGAUGACAAAACAGAGCAUCAGACAAUGGAGAUGAUAAAGUUUGGCGUCGCAGCUACAGAUGUGUGGCAUCCUGAGGGAAGUGGCAGCUUGAGCUCUGUGUCCAAGGUAGAGCAGUGUUGUUGGAGACUGGAGAGGCUUCUUGGGAGAAAUGCUGAGGUGGCAGGGAUGGGAAACGAGGAGGACGACGUCACGAUGGACAGCGUCUGCACUGAGGACUUCUCAACACGCUUUACAGAGGAAAUGUUGGUCCUGCCAGCCUCAGCAUGCUUGCCAAAUCUUCUAAAAGUCACCUCAGAGCUCACUGAGCCCCACAGGAGCCCUUACCAUGAAAGAUCUAUGAAUGAUCCAGAACAUCCAUGCAGAACACCUUUGAGGCACCUCACAGGAAUCCCCAUGCAGAGUUUUGAUUCAGUCACCAUAGACACUGAUCUGGACACAGUGUGCUCAGAACAGGUUCAACAGCACCUGAAAUCUGCAAUCAGCAACAGGACAAGUACAGCCUUUCAUCUGAGCAGAGGAAAUGGAUACUGUACAGGACAAACCAGCCCAAUUCAAAACAAUCUUCAAUCCUUCAGCUCUGAUGAUGAGAGAACUGUUGAGGAGACGAGUAGUGAAGGUGCUGUGUCAAAGCUUGACUGCAGAAGAAGGAGACAUUCAUCUGGCAGGAAGGGGAAGAGGAGACGUUUAUACCGAAGCAAACGGAAUGAUUCCCGCAUUAGCACAAAGAGAGAUUGGGACCAGAGCAGAGUAGAUGGAGAUCAACACAAUGAGCUGAGCAUGUCACUUAUUGAGCUUCAACGGCAAAAAACAUGUGUAAGCCACAGUGUAUCUGUGCUGGAGAGGGAGGAGAUGGACAGACUGCUGGAUAAUGCCAAAUCUGAACUGUUCUCAGAACAGAGACGUUUCAGACACAUACUGGACUCUAUGCAGGAGACGCUGGAUGAGGUGAAUCAGGAGCUGGAGCAGUCGGAGGAGGACUGCAGGGCUCUCCGACAGAAAUGCACUGAGCUGGAGGAGCAGCUGGCUAAUACGAUCAAAGAAAAAGAUCAAAUAAAGGAGUCUUUACAAAAAGAUCUAGAGCAACAAGUGAAGCGUUUUGGAGUGCUGGAGCGAAUCGUUGCCCAGAAGGAGCUGCUUUUGCAGGGGACCGAAGAAACAAAGGAAGCCCUUCUUCAGGAGCUCUGUUCACUGAGAGAGGAGCACAGCUUUAAACUGAGAGAAAUACAGAGCAAGACAGUGCAAGAAAUUGAGCAACUAACAUUACAGUUAACCAAAAGCCACAAACAGGAGCUUCAAAAGAUGCAUCAGCAGGCGGAUGAGUUGAGGUCAGCUGCUCUCAGUGAACAAGCUCAGACCCACAAACAUAGUCUGGACUCCUUACACAACUGCAUCCAGAUGAAAGAUGAGGAGCUGAAGAGACUCAGAGAGGCUCUAGAGCAGCAUGAGGAGAAGAUGAGGAGGCAAGCAGAGGAACUCAAAAGAGAAACUCAGGAAAAGAUUCGAAAGGCUGUGAAACGAGAGGAAAGGAAGUGGGAGGAACUGAGAGAGAAGGCUCUUAAAGAGCAGCGUGGGACUCUGGAGCAGCAAAUAGAGGAGGCACUGAGGAGAGGGAAAACACAAGUGGAGAAGGAGAGAAGGAAUGCACUGGCCUUACAGAGCAAAGUGACCGAGCUUCAGAAAGAGUCAGAGAAGGAGGUGGUGCGCCUGAAGCAAACUUUGCAGCGGGCUGAAAAAGAGCUUCAGGAGCUGAGGACAGCCCUCUCUGAGAAAGACCAAAAACACAAGAGAAGAACAGCCAGACUUGAGCAGCAGAGCAAACUCUGGGCGCAGGACAUACACAGCGAGUGUGUUUGCUUGCAGGAGUUACUUAAACACAAUGGCCUAGCUGUUGAAAGCAAGAACUCAUCAGACAGUCCUACAGUGAGUGAAACUCUUCAGACCCUGCAGUCCUUCACAAAGGCCCUACAGCAACAUAUUAAUGAUUUAAAAAAUGAGAUCAAUUCACAGAGACGUGCUGUACUGCAGCUCAGCCGAGAAAAGGAGCAAGAGCUACAUCUGCAGAAAAAGCAGCUGUUGGAGGAAAAGCAACAAGCACUGGCUGCUCUAAAAGAUAAACUCAUACAGGAGCACAUUGAGGAAAUGAGCAGCAUAUCUCGAGCACAGCUGUGCAUGAACAAUGAUGAUACAGACAAACCGUGUGUCCAUCUGCACAGGCAGCUGCGGUCUAAAGAUAAUGAGCUCAGACAGGUGCAGAACAACAAGGCACAGUGGAAAGACAAAACCACUGCAAGACUUGCACACAAAUUUGAGCUGGAGCUUAGUGCAGAGCUGGACAGGAGGGUCCCAAAGCCCAGAGCAGAGCAGCAGAAGAGACUGGAGAGACUGGAGAAUGAGAUGAGACAUCUGACUGGGCAAUGCCGUGACUACAACGAAUCCCAUUCGGCACCCACAGCUCUUCAGGGUGACACAGACUUCCAAAACUCUCGAGUCACCCAAGACCUGACCUCUUAUAAACUUCUGCGGCACCUCCAGAGUCGAAUUUUUCAGCUUCAAGCAGAGAGCCAAACCCGCUGCCCCAGCCCGGUGAAGUGGGACAGGGAUCCCACAGACCUGGGUGGGUCUUAUUUGGACACGCAGAUUGCUCCAGCCCAGGACAGCUAUAGGACAGAAGAUCACUUACCAGCAAAGACCAUCUCCAGUUAACAUUUACUUUCAGCACUAGAAUUUGUUUAUAAAUUGUUGAUUUUAUAGGAAAACCAUGUACAAGUAAAAAAUAAUUAUUAAUGGGAUAGUUCACCCAAAAAUGAAAAUUGUGUCAUUAAUUACUCACCCUCAUGCUGUUCCAAACCCAUAAGACCUUUGUUCAUCUUCAGAACACAAACAAAGAUAUUUUUGAUGAAAUCCGAGAGCUUUCUUACCCUCCAUAGCCGGCGAGGGUACUACCACGUUCAAGGUUCAGAAACAUACAUUAUUAAAAUAGACAUUAUAUAAACAGACAUUAUUAAAAUAGUCCAUGUGACAUCAGUGGUUCAACCAUAAUUUUAUGAAGCUACAAGAAUACUUUUUGUGCACAAAGAAAACAUAACGUCUUUCUUCAGCAAUUCUCUGCCGCAUGUUCACAGGAGUUACCACAAUGCAUGUAAAGUCAUGUAAAGGGUUUGGAACAUGAGGGUGAGUAAUUAAUGAAAGAAUUUUCAUUUUUGGGUGAACUAUCCCUUUAAUACUACCUCUGCGGAGCUCAUGAGAGCUGUUCGUGGUCUGGACAGACAGACAGAGUCCUUCGCUGUAGGUGAACGUUUCAAAUAGGCCUGUUAAAGACCAAAAGAUGAACUUUGAUAUAAAAUGAAUAAUUCUUGAUCUUAGAAUUGUGUUUGAGUUUGAACGGAUGCAGUGUGUAGCUAACAGUAUUUACAACUGGUCAUUUAACUGUUAAU